GCUCACCGACGGCGCUUGUUUUGGAGGAAGUGGCACCGAGCUCGGCUAGCUGCUAGCGCGUUAGCUUCACGGCGAAAAGCGAGCGUCAACCGAGAGCCAGGGCGAACGCGGACCGUCCCGCCGAAUCUCUCCUCCGGCGCAGAAGGAGACACGCGUCAGCGGGAGCAGCGUUGGCUCCGACGAGCAGGGUCGACUGCGAAUGUCGCCGUCGGAGAACAUGCAGCUGUCGACGCCCCGACGGCUGAAUGCGUUCGUUUUGUGACUGACAGUCGUUUGUAGCCGCUGUUAGCCCGUUAGCUAGCCUGCGCGUUAGCCGACGCCCCCGACCGAGGCAGAGGGCCACCUUUGACUUUCUUUUUCCUCUUUUUUUUUCUACCACAGGAUCAUCGCCCAGGGAUCUGGGAUAUCAAGGACAUAGAGGUUAUGUCAAAUGGAGGAAGGAGAUAUUAGACUCAACGUGGACGAGUGGAGGAUAGCUGAGGCCAGGAAUAAGAGCAUCUGUCAUUCCAAAUUCAACAAAUAACAAGCUGUGGCACAAUGACGUCUAGGAAGAAAGUACUACUCAAAGUCAUCAUCCUUGGAGACUCUGUAGUUGGGAAGACCUCAUUGAUGAACCAGUAUGUGAAUAAGAAGUUCAGUAACCAGUACAAAGCCACAAUAGGUGCUGAUUUCCUCACAAAAGAAGUCAUGGUUGAUGACAGACUUGUCACAAUGCAGAUUUGGGACACAGCCGGUCAGGAGAGGUUCCAGUCUUUAGGUGUUGCAUUCUACCGUGGAGCAGACUGCUGCGUCCUGGUGUUUGAUGUGACGGCACCCAAUACCUUCAAGACCCUUGACAGCUGGAGGGACGAGUUCUUGAUCCAGGCCAGCCCCCGAGACCCAGAGAACUUCCCCUUCAUGUUGCUGGGCAACAAGAUAGACUUGGAGAACAGACAGGUAACAACCAAGCGGGCACAGGCUUGGUGUCAGAGCAAGAACAACAUCCCAUAUUUCGAAACCAGCGCCAAGGAGGCAGUCAAUGUGGAGCAGGCCUUCCAGACUAUUGCACGCAAUGCUCUUAAACAGGAGACCGAGGUGGAGUUGUACAAUGAGUUUCCUGAGCCAAUCAAGCUGGACAGGAACGAGCGGGCCAAGCCGUCAGCAGAGACCUGCAGCUGCUGAGGACUCAGACGACCACCAGGGGUGGAGGGGGGGUUGUCACCGCCCUCACUGCCCCGUCUUGCCUUGUCUAUAUAUCCCCUUUCCCAUGACCCACUGUGUUACGGAAACAUUACGGUAUGUACGAUGCUUACUACUUCCCCAGUUUCUCCAUUCUUUUUUCAUUGCGGUGGUAAAUCUAAUUUUCAGUUCCACAUAUAUCGCUGCUUUCACACCCAGUUUUGGUUGUAAUUGCUUUUAUUUGGAUACGUCAAGUGGUAGAUUGAAGCAUUAUCUCUAUACAUGUUUGUGUUUGAGUAAAGUUGGACAAACUAAUGUUUGUUUGUUUUUUUUAAUCAAAUCAUCUUUAGCAGUGGUGGUUGUUUUCUUACUUUCCCAGCCCACCACUGCUGCAUGAAUAGAGGACCCCCCCCCCCCCCCUUAUUUUACUUGUGUUGUGGCUUAAAUGUUUUUUCACAAUCAAAAACACUUGACACCAAGGCUUCACUUUACCUUGUGCGAGCUUAAAAAUAAACUGAUACUUAAAAAGGGAGUCAGAACUUAAAUGGUGAAGGAUCAGAAUGUGUGAAACUGCAUGUGUGGCUCACAUUAAUAAGACGAUAAUUGAAAAUCCAGCUCAUUGAAAAGUGUGUACAGAUUUUUUUUUUUUAUGAUAACGGUAGACUUGUCCUGACAUCUCUUUUUGGACCCACAGUACAUGCAGUUGUAGCUCAAUCUGAGGACAUCAUGUGCAUCCAGACUCGAAUCCUUGAUAUAAGUGCUGUCACUUGCAUAUUGCUGUUCCUCUGUUGGAAAAAUGAAGGUUUGUCUUUUAUUCAGUUAGUCUUGGUACAACAUUUGUCAUGAAAUGAACCAAAUAAAAAAAAACCCUGUGUCAUUCUA